CGGCUACGGGAAAUGACGGAUUUUAACCAUUGUCGAAGCGGUGUCCCUGCUAAAAUAUUACAUGUUAUGCAUUUUACCCCAACAAAGCACUCGAUUGGUCAUAUAAAAAGUAUUGACAAAAGAGACUUAUAGAGAAUGGAGUCAUACUUGAUGAUGAUAUAUGUUACACUAGAGCAGGAGUCUGCUUUGAAAACAUUUUUCCUAGACCAAGGAUGGGCGUUUUGUAAGCCAGACCUAUCUUACACCACUGAUAAACUUGGACCAGCUGCUGGUACCUUUCCAAAUAUUGUCAGAGAUGAUGAGUUCAUAAAUAAUCCAAGCUUAAAGAGUCUGAAUGAACAGUCUAGCAAAAGAAAGCUACAACCCCCAUAUGCAAGUCCCUCAAAGUUUAAACGGUCAAAAAUGACGAAAAGUUCAGAAAAAGUUUUGGACGAGUUAGGUGACAAUUUUGAAAAGCAAGAUGAUGCAACACACGAAACUGAUGGAGCAGAUAAAGAAAGAGUUGUAAGGAAAAUGCCAACUCCAAUAACCGUUCAAGACAUUGAUGGUAAUUCAAAAGCAAUCAAAGUUGAAGUUACAGAUGACGAUGAUAAGUAUGAUCCAGCUGGUAGCACUGCUGAUGAUAUUUCAGCUAUGAAUGAUGAUUAUAAUGGAGAUACAGAUCUUGAAGAUAGCUAUGGACCAGAGGGAGGAAUGUUAGAUGAUUCGCAGAUGAGUAGAUCUUCACAUCUAGACGCCUCCUUGAAUACUGAUGAAGAUGAUUCUCAAGCGUCUGGUUCAAAACAAAAACACGACAUGAUGAUUAACUGGAGUGCUGACACACCAGAGUUAUACUCCUGUGACAGAUCAUUUAUGUUAAAGCAAGGGCUGAACUGGACCUGUGGUUACAAGCCGGCUAUCAAAUGUACAUUCUGUCAUAAAACGUUCACAUCCUUAAGCGCUAGAAAGCGUCAUGAAAGAACUGUGCAUGCAAUGGAAAGAAACUUUAAAUGUGACCAUUGUGAGGAGAGGUUUGCAUAUAAAUGGCUGAUGGAGGCUCAUGCUGCAAAGAAACACGGCAUCGGCAAGCUGUUUACCUGUGCAUGUGGACAAACCUUCAAUCGUCAGAGCAACCUUACACAGCAUGCGAACAUAUGCAAAGCGGUGCAAGGGCCAGGGAAUGAAACAGUUUGUAAAGUCUGCACAAAGAGGUUCAAGUGUAAAAAAUAUUUAGACGUGCAUAUGAAGUUCCAGCACGACAUAACUACUCUGCCGUCAGUUUGUAAUAUCUGUGGAGAAUCAUUUACAAGACCUUGGUCAUUAACUAGGCAUUUGAAAAGAAGACAUGCAAUUAUAGAUGUAUCCACUAAAGAUAUAGAGUUGGGUUUAACUGCAAAUAUGUCAAACAAAGAAGCCGAGUCAGAUUCAGAUGCAGAUAUGUUGAGUAAAGAAACAAAGUCAGAUUCAAAUACAGAGAGGUCAAGUAAAGAAAAAAAGUCUGGUUCUAAUGCAGACCUGUCGAAUAAAGAAAGUGCACCAGGUAUGAGUAAAGGGAUAAAUCCAGAUUCGGAUGAAGAAGUGUCAAGCGAAAAAGAAAAGUCAGAGACCUUUUCAGAUGUAUCAAAUACAGAAACAAAACCAGAUUCACAUUUAUGUGUCAAGUAAAGAAAAAAAGACAGAGGUUGAAUGAAUGUAGAUUAUAUAAGCUGUAGAAUAUUGUUGAAUCUACUAUUAUUUGUUUUUCUAUCUAAUAGAUAAUGAUUAAGCGGACUCAUUGGUAAUAGUGGGAGCUAGUUUUCAUGGAUUUCAUGGUUAAAUGGUCAAAGAGCUGUUUGAACCAAAACCAUGAACUUUUAUGGCCACAAAAUGAAUUGAUUUCACAGUAUUGACUGUUGAGUGCAUUACCUUAUAGAUUUUUAAAUGUCAUAAAUAUAAAACUUUAAAUAUUUUUUUCGUAACUAAGGACAAAAGCCAAUUACAUAGAUAACACAACAUGAUAAUAAUAAUAAUGUUUCCUUACAAUGCUGAAAUGCUUAAAGAAAUUUAUACAAACGAAAAUCUUCGUCUGGUUAUGGAGAUAAAAAACAUUAUACCUCUAGCAGACAUUGCUACUUGAUAUAAUAAGUGAAAAUAAGUUUACAUGUUUGGAGCUAUGUAAUAACGACUUCUGGUAUAAAAUAUGUGUAGUAUGUCGAAUGUUCUUCUUCAACAAGCAUGUUAUUGUCUUCAGCAAAAUGAAAAGUAGGCCUUUUUGAGUUUUACAUUUAUUAUAAAUUUUUAGAUUGAGGAAAUAAGAUGCUGUGUAAAAUUAUUGUUAGCUUCUGUAAAUUUAACAUCUUUGUUACAAGAAUGAAAUAUGAUGCUGUUCGUUUACCUUCUCAGCUUGAUAUUUUGUUGAGAUUUCAUACUUUUGUCUUUUUUCUCUUACAGUCGGGUAUUAGUUUUCAUUUUCAAAUUUAUAUAUUGGAAAUGUAUUAUUGUGUUGAAAAUUGCUUUCUUUAAAACUCACUGCAAAAUAACUGCAUUUUGUUGCGUUUCCAUGAUGGCCAGUUUUACAUGAUUCACAUCAAACGAUUUAAUACAUGACUUUGUUUUUACAGUUACAAAGUCACAGUGAUGUUUAUGAAGCUAAUACUUAAUACUUUUUUAAUGUUUUAUCUCAUUUAUUUAGCAGUAUGCAUAGUGCUGAAGUUUUAAGUUAAGUUUAGACCACACUUAAUUUUUAUGUUGUAAGACAUUUAUUUAACUCUGUUUUUAAAAACUUACAUAACUAUACUGAUAUGGAGAUUGACUGAGUAACAAAGCUUAAAGUAAUUAGCAUAUGAAGUUGUGAAAACACAGUAAUAUAAGAAGGGUCUUAAAUUGUUUAUUGCCAUUUUGUAAUAUAGUUGUAUGACAACUGCAUUAUCAGACCAAAAGAUUUUCAUCAAGUUCAUAUGGUGGAAAAAUGUAGGUCAUCCGGUUGUGGUGGGUCUUUAAAACGUGAUGAACUACAUGAAGACACAUACUGUGCAUUUUGAUCUUCAAACAUAAGGCAAAUGGGAUUUUAACUUCUUCGUUGGGAUUUAAUUUUGCAGAUUGACCCAACCAAAAAGUGCAUAAAAUUUAGUUCCCCACAAAAAUCAAUCAUUUUGCAGUAAUUGUUCAAAAAUGUAUCUGUUGAAUUGGUUUCAUGUGGGUGUAAACACCGACCAAAUGCAGUAAUUUACAAUCUGAGUUUGAUAAAAAUUCUAAUAGUAGACAUUAGAAGCAGGAAUGUUCGACACGCCAUAUAUGUAAAUGGAUGUCAUUUUUCUUGCAAAGUGUGUAUAUUUAUUGUAUCGUAAAAUGAAAACGGUUAUUCACAAAAAGCAACUAAUAAUUGUCCACUUCAGAUUGUACCCUACAGAAGUUUUUGCUGUCUGAAUAAAAAGUAUUGAAAGCUAAUUUAUGAAUUAAUUGAUACACAUUUUCUGUGAUUUCUGUAGCCAGUUAGCUUGAUGGUUGUAUUUAACCAAGUUUAUAUGCAGGCGGUUUGCACAAUAUCAAAUUUUGAUUAUCAGUUGUUACUUUACUACAUGUAACAUGUACAUCGAUGCAUCCAUUUAAAAUUUGUUGUUGUUUCAUUGUAUGUUAGUACAGAUUGUUAAAGUCUUCAAAAUAUGUUUAACCCGACUUUCGUUAGUUCUUGUCGUGAGAUUUCUUAAACGUAUUUAGUUCUUCGGGUCUUUGUAUUAACUAUUAUUCUAAUAUGCUUGCCUCUGUUAAAACACUCUUACGCUAGAAUGACGUCACAGUAACGUGCGGUGACGUCAACGUUUUUGUUGCGACCAAGAAAGAGCGCUUCUAUAUUUUAUCUACUGUUUUAGAUUAAGGGCAUAUUAGAAUCGAAAUAAUUUAUAGCACAAGCGUGUUUUAACACUGUUUAUACACUCGGGUGGUGAGACGUCAUUCAAAUAAUUUCACUCGGGCUGUGCCCGCGUGAAAUUAUUACGCCCGACGUAUAAUCACCCAUCGUGCAUAAAUAGUGUUAAAGCACUCUUUUGCUAUAAAUUAUUUCUUAAGGAAAUUAUAAUUUUGUAGCUGAUCGUUGAAAGUCCCAGACUUUAUAACACGUGUCCCUCACUGCUGUGGGUUUGAAAUCCCACUUGGGAUUCGUCUGGCUUGCAAGAUGCAGAUGGUGCUAUCCAGGUGUGCGCCCAUGCCUGUAAUUAUAUCCGUAGCCUAUGAAAAGCAGGAAUAUCAUGACCUUAAAAUUGUGUCAUUGAGUCUUAGAAUUUGUUUUAUUUUGGUAUAAGAACAUAGUGUGUUUUACUUGGUGGCCACAAUAUAUAUUGUUAUGAGUGAAGCAACCAGGCAUAAAACUUUUUUUUCUGUCGUUGAAUGAUAUUUACGUAAUUCUGCCAAAGCCACACUACCUGCAUGUAAUUAAAGCAGAAUAGUGUUACGGAAUUGGCGAAGUGUGAAGGGUUGUAUACUUUAUGUUUUUGCUGUUAUUUAAGUAUAAUUUUAUAGGAUUUCCAAUACUUUAUGAUGCUCCAAGUACAGCUGUGCGCCACUGAAAUAAUAUUUAAUACCUGUAGUCUCACUUUUGAACAUGGGAUGCGCCAAUCGUUAACACUUAAUCAUGCUGGACACGAUUGAGCCUGCCUUUGCGACCAGUGUAGAUCAUGAUCAGCUUGAACAUCCGUGCAGUCUGAUUAUGAUCUGCAUUGUUCGUCAUUCAGGCAGAAUCUUUUUGGGUAAGCACCCCUUUUAACAGUUAUUGGUACUGUCCAAAUUGAAAGAUGGACAAGUUCAUUAUAGAAAUUUAGCAGUGUUAGGGUUAAGACAUUCAUUGAAUCUUACGUUCACUUGAUGAACACACGUGUAUAAAAUUCUUACGCCGGAACUUAUAAACAUCCAGAUCCACUUAAACUUCGUCAAAAAAAAUAGUUGUUUUAUGUAUGUAUAUGUAUAUGACUACUUGUUAAGAGUAUUGUAUUUUUUUUCCUAAAAAUAAGUGAUUGAAAUAUCUUUUCAUGUUUUCAGUAUUAAAUUUGUAUUUAUGUUUAAUUGAGCACUAUGUUUACUAAUGAUAACAUAGAUUUUUUCAUAUUUGUUUUAUUUUUAUCGUGCUAUAUACAUGUAUAUAUUUAGAUGCUUUAGCAUGUAGAAUGUGGUAGAAUAAAUAAUGUAAAUUUGC